CGGGUGGCGUGUUUCUGCUCCUAUAGCGCCGCCUAUAAACGCGGCUGGUCUAGCUGCUCCUUGCUCCUGACCCCCAUCUCAGACGAGCUCACAGAGACUCGACGAACGAAUCAACGAACAGUACGCGACGCACGACUCUGACGAGCCCCCCAUUCCACAAUCAUGGCCAUCGACGACCAUAUCCGCAGAGGGCACCCCAUCACCUUCGGGCUGUUGACGCUUUUCGGCAUCAUCACGCUCGCCAUCUCCGCGUGGCUUGUAUCCCGCUUCAACUUGUACCACAACUAUCGCAAUGUCAGCGAGCGCGAUCGCGUCCGCUUUGUGCUCUUCUGUUCCUGCUGGACAGUUGUCUUCUCCAUUCUCUAUGCCGUGCUCUUCUUCACGAUGUCGACGUCGAUCUUCGUCAGCGUGCUCUCGCACAUCGUAUUCCUCGCGUUCACCUGGAUUAUGUGGACCGCCGCGGCUGCGGCGGUUACGGAGAUGCUGGGCGGUGGGUUAAACUGCGACACGCAGAGGCUGUUUGUCUACUGCGGGCAGCUGAACGCCCUUGAGGCGUUCUGCUGGAUUAUGUGGAUCUUGGUCACCUUCGCGACCGUCGUUGUUCUCAUCCGAGGCAUCCUGGCCGCUCGCCGCGGAGACGGGUACAAGGGCUCGCUAGCAGCGUGAAAUCUGCUUGGAUGAGUGCUCGUGCAUGGUCAGUUCCUUUAUGUGCUACGAAUAUUGGGGCAUGUGUAUGUUGUAUCGUCUAGUCCUUGGUGAGGUUUGUCAAUGG